CCUUUCUCUCAGAGAGAGAGGAAGAGAGAGAGAGAUAAGAGAGAAGUAGAGGCAUCACUUACUUUUAACUUGUUGAGGUCUCAUUCAUGUUAGCAGCUAAAAAUAGGUAAGCUUUUGGAGUUUGGAGAGAUGGAAAAAGAAGCCUCCAAAGACAACCCAUCUCUCCUCUCUAACCCUAUUAUUAACGCCACCCCCAAACUCGACGACUCUCCCAGAAAGCUACCCCCCGCCGGCGACAGGUUGAAAAGAGACGAGUGGAGCGAAGGGGCUGUUUCCAGCCUCCUCGAAGCCUACGAAUCCAAAUGGAUUCUUCGGAACCGAGCCAAGCUCAAAGGCCAAGACUGGGAAGACGUGGCCAAAUUCGUGUCUUCCCGCGCCAAUUGCUCCAAGUCCCCCAAGACACAGACGCAGUGUAAGAACAAGAUCGAGUCCAUGAAGAAGCGCUACCGCUCGGAGUCCGCCACCGCCGACUCCUCCUCCUGGCCGCUCUUUCCCCGCCUUGAUCUUCUUCUGCGCGGAAGCGCUCCUCCCCCUCCUCCUCCUCCUCCUCCUCCUCCUCAACCCUUUCUGCCCCCGCCACCCACUAACCCUCCUUUAAUGCUACAUCUGGAGCCAUCGCAGCCGCAGCCGGCACCACCGCCUCCUCCUCAUAUGCCUCUUGCAACUGCACAGAACUCUCAUGGGUCUAAUGGCGCCGAUCGAGGAGCUGCAAAGCAGGAAGAUGGAGUGGGGUCAGAUGGCUGCUUGUCGGACAAGAAUGCGGCGGCGGCGGCGGCGGCGAUUGAGACCGACAGCAGCACGCCGGCCCUGUACAGCAGCAAGGAAAAGACGAAGACGAAGACGAAGACGAAGACAAAAAAGACGAGAUUAGCGGAAAAAAAGAGGAGAAGGAGAAGAGAAGUGGGGGAGAGCAUCAGGUGGCUUGCGGAGGUGAUGGUGAGGUCGGAGCAGGCGAGAAUGGAGACGAUGAGAGAGCUGGAGAGGAUGAGGGCGGAGGCGGAGGCCAAACGGGGAGAAUUGGAUCUGAAGCGAACGGAGAUCGUCGCUAACACCCAGCUGGAGAUUGCCCGGCUCUUCGCCGGCGUCGGAGAAAGCAUCGAUUCUUCCUUGAAGAUAGGACGGAGUUGAGGAUCUCAUGUAUAUGUGUAAUAUGUAUUUCCCUAUGUACGUGUGUGUAUACAAUUGGGGCGAGGAAAUUAAGCAUCCUUCUCCGUCCCAAUUGGAAUGUUCGUUUCCCUCUUUCAUCAUCCAAAAUUGUUCAGAUACAUAUAGGCAUCCAACAUAAUAUUAACUAACGAGGUCCAAUUUACAGAUUUCUUUUUAAUUAUACUAUAUGAUGAUAAAUAUUGGUUA